AUGUCAUUGAGAAAUGCCACUUUUCCCAAUAAGUGGAAGGAAACUGACUUGGUUCCAAUUCAUAAAUCUGAAUCUAGGUCAGUGGUUCCCAAUUACAGAGGAAUAUCUCUUCUUGAUAUAUUGUCUAAGUUGUUGGAGAGGCAAGUGUAUAAUGGGAUGUUUGGUGUUAUAGAACAUUAUCUAUCCAAGUGGCAGUAUGGGUUUCUUCCGGGAAGGUCUACUGUUUGUCAGUUAAUAGAGGUAGUACAUCAAUUUGGUGAAGCACUUGAGAAUAAAUGCCAAAUUGAUGUUAUAUAUCUAGAUUUUUCAAAAGCCUUUGAUAAAGUUCCACAUGUCAAACUUGUGCACAAACUUGAAUCAUUAGGUAUUAGGGGAUCUUUACUAUCUUGGUUUAGAUCUUACUUGACAGGAAGAAAACAUAGAGUAGUAAUUAAUGGUGAGCAAUCUGAAUAUUUACCAGUGACCUCGGGGGUGCCACAGGGAUCAAUUUUGGGGCCUUUGUUGUUCCUUAUUUAUAUUAACGAUAUGCCUAAUUGCAUAUCGGAGAAAACAAGCCUCCCACUUUUUGCCAAUGAUUCAAAGUGUUUCAGUUUGAUUUUGGGACAGGAAGAUGGUAUUAGAUUGCAGGAUGAUUUGAAUAAUGUGUUAGAUUGGGCUCAUACCUGGGGAAUGGAAUUUAAUUAUGCUAAGU